AUGCAGCUCAGUUAUUAUGGCGGCAAGUAUUCGAUUCAUCGGGUGCUUGCUCUGGAGGAGUAUUGCAGGAGCACAUCAUUAUCACGCGCUCUUCUUGUGUGCGUGGCGACUCCUCUUCCUAUGGUGGCUCUUAUCUUCGGACAGGAAUUGAUCCCGCUGCAAGAGUUAAGUGAGGGAUGGAGUGCUAGUUACGGGAUGUGGAUGCGGGCUGCUGUACUGGUGGGAAUCGUGACCCACGCACUAUUGAUCCAAGCUACAUACCUCAUCCACGACUUCAAAGUCACACUAAGACAAAGACUUCAGCUAUACGUGAUCAUGCCGACAAUAGUCGUGGCUUUGGCGAUGCUUGUAGCAUCAAAUUUUGUUUUCCCCAUCCCGUUUUUUAUUUUGUUCGUGACGCCGCCGUUUUAUCUUCUCCUGGUCAUCAUGCUUCGAGCAGUUAUCGGGGCUCAUGACUUCCGCCAAAUGCUAAAGAACCGCGUUCAAGUGGCUCGAUGUGUUCGCUUCGUUUGUGCCCAGACGUCGACUGUUUUUAUCUUCCCUGUCUACGAAAUGUUGUUUAACGCCGCAGAAGGAACUCCUUACCAGCUUCCUGUAAUCCUGUUACUCCCCGUGAUUAAAGUUGCGCUAAAGAACCUUGUGCUUCAUUUCGCUAAGGCUCUGGAUGAUAUGGCGCCCGUGGAAGUCAUUUUUACCGCAGAUUUUUUCAACGCAAUCUAUGUGGCCACCAGUAUCAAGAGCUCGACAUCAUUAGCCGCUAUCUCGGCCAUCACGAUUACAGAUCUUUCCCAGACGUUCAUAAUGCUUUACGGGCUGCAGCGUCGCACUGCCACAAUUCUCCCAAGACUUCGACAUGGCAGCGAUAGCACAACCAGUAUCGACGGUGUAUUAUCGAUCAUGUGUGUACUCUGCCGAAACCCGGAGGUCCUGAGGAAGCAAAUUCUGUUCACUACGGAAUGCCUCGUCACCACCGCCUACUUGGAAGCUUUCAUGCCCUUAUUUUACAGCAGUUACAUGGUCGUAAUGGUUCACCUCCCCAAUGUUCGCUAUCACUUAGAAAUGGCUAAGGUCACGCGAGAAAACAUCACUUCGACUGUGCUGCCUCUCGUCGUGUUUGGCCUACUACAGAUAGUGUCGCUCGCUCUUCUGGUUGUGGUCAUCAAACGCAAUUGCCGACUGAAACCGCUAUAUCAACUCGCUUUUGUGUUAGAGACGCAACGCUCGCUUGUGCAAUGCAAAAUGAUGCUUUGGAUGGUGAUUACAUUAUGCUUUCGAGUGACCCAUUUUGGAGUCGAUUUCAAGUUUGAAUUUAUUCGUCUUGGAUUGCCGAGAUUCUGGAUUCCACAAGGGUGA